AUGACCGGAGGAGGCGCGACGGUCGAAGAGAUCGAUGGCGAAGCAGCUGACGUCACGGUCGGAAUUGGAGGCAGCGUUGGAGAAGAAGUCGUUGUCAAAGCUGCAAGAAUCGAUGGGAUCGGCGAAGGGGUUGAAGUUGUGAUGGGCGUCAAGUGGGAGAUCAAUGCAGGCGGGGGCGAUCUAAGCCUCCGUCUCAGUCUCGACCACGGCCUCAGUCUCCGAUCGACCACGGCCUCAGUCCAUUCACUCAGAUCGACCACGGGCUCUGUCUCAUUCUCUCAGAUCGACUCACUCUCACACGGCCUCCGUCUCAGUCUCGACCACGGCCUCAGUCUCCGACCACCACGGCCUCAGUCCAGCCCUUCGACUCUGUCUCAGUCUCGACCAAGUCUUUUUCGAUUGAUGAGUAAGAGCAAACAAAGGAUCAGCCUUGGUUUGAGAAAAAUCAAAACUUUGUUUUCUGAGGUGUUAAUCGAGCAGGGAUGUACCAAUUAUGCAGGGCUGCAGGCAGAUUCUAAGUGUGAACCUCAAUGAUACCAAGUCUGAAUGGAAGACAAUAUGCUUAAUUAGAUAAAUUCAUAGAAAUUGUAUUAAUAAUUUGCUUUCGUUCUAAGUUGUAAUUUGUAAAUUGGGACACUUUGUAUUCUGUCUUUUUAUUUUAGUACAUUAAAACGGGCGUGGGGAUGAGCCUCCUAGUUCGGCUAGGUUCCAAACCCCUUAAAAUUUUAAAAGGAAAAAAAUAGCAUCCUUAAUAUGACCUGAGAUGAUCUAGAAGCAAGAUUAGUUGAAUGAGGUUGAGUAAAAUUAGUUGAUGUGGAUGAGGCUAAAUAUUGCACAAUAAAAUGCAUUAUAGAAAAGCCCGGCCCGGCCCGAAAAAAGG